AUGCAAGGAGCGUUUAAUCAGAUAGGAAGCUUGGGUUAGGCCAUGGCUAUUUAGAUGAAUGAAUAGGCACAACAUUUGAUCCAAGCAAUUUCCAGCAGUUGUUUGGAAAUAUUGGGGUAGCAAGAUGGUAUCUUCAUAAAAUAGAAAUUUGAGUUGUUUGAGGCAAUCACAGGUACUCGAAUAUUGAUUAAUUGUUAGGUUUCGAGACUCCAAAUGUAUAUAAGGUCUAUGCAGCUAACGAUUAAGGAAAGAAGAAGAAGUAAAAGGCGUUAUUCAAAUGCAAAGAGAAAUCGUCUACAUGUGCUCGUCUUUGUCUUCCGUAAGUUCAUUAAAUUAAUUCGUCUUAGAGGGAAUGCAAGACCUUUUGAAAUGAAAAUCAACAAUUACGGAUGUAAGGACUUCUAGCCAGCCAUGGCGAAAAUGUUCUUGAAGGACGAAAAGAGAGUGGUUUUCAAGUUCAAGAGGGAGUAUCAAUGCACAUGCUUGUGUUUUAAUAGGUAUUUUGUUUGAGUGAUUUAAAAAUAGACCUCGUCUUGAAGUCUUGUAUGUGGAGAACGACGAGAACAAGAAACUGGGAACAAUAGUGAAUCCAUGGUAUUUCUGCAACAUUGGAUGUCACGUUCUGGAUAUUCACGACAACUUAAGAUACAUCGUAGAAGCUAGUUGUUGUUAAACUUAUUUUUGGUGCAGAUGUCCAUGCAAUUCCUGCAACAAGGUUGAGUUCGUCAUCAAGGUACCAACUGGGGAGGUAAGCACUCAAAUUCAUUGAAUAAUUAGGUUGUGGCCCAUUUAAUGAAGAAGGGAAAGGACUGUUGCAAAAACAUGGUGGGUGAUGCAGACAAUUUCAGUUUGAUCUUCCCCAAAGGAGCUUCAAAGGAAGACAAGGCGUUGUUGCUAGCUGUCACUCUUAUGAUGGACUACAUGUACUUUGAAGAUAAAGGAGGUGCUUAAGCUUCUGUUGGACCAGAAUGA